AUGCAGGUUGUUGACCAGCUGCUUCUAAAAGCCCAACAGGAGCUCCACUUCCCCAAACUCGAUCACCCCCCCCGUCGCGGUGUUUAUGACUCGCUUUCUAUUGGGUGCAGCCAUGGCCAAGGGCAGCUCCACCCUAUGAACUUUGCAGCCUCCAAACGAAACGCUCCGAUUCUUCAGGCGCUGAUGGAUGCUCCGGAGGUGAAUCGCAUAGCGAGGUUUAUAGAUCAUGGUGUUGAAGUAUACUUUCCAAAAAUACACCGCCUUCUCACCAAUCUAAUGGAGAUCCUGUUGGGUAUGGGGGGGCUUCAUCUGAAGCGUCCUUUCAAGCGCUGUUGCUAUGCUGCUUCGCAGUUGAAUUUCUCCAGGGCUUCAACCGACCCACAUCUUGACUUCAUGAACGCUUUCUUUUUAUGCUGCGGCAUCUGGAACGGUGGACGAUUCAACUAUAAAGCCGGGGGUCAACUUAUUAUGUGGAACCUUGGGAUUGUUGUGGAGUUUCCACCCGGUGCGGGGAUACUGGUGCCCUCUGCUUCAGUCACCCAUGCCAAUAUUCCAAUUGGACCGGAGGAACGAAGACAUUCAAUUACAUUCUUUACUGCUGCAGGGAUCCUACGCUGGUAUUUUAAUGGGUUUAUGAACGACAACGAAUUUCUCACUCGAGCUUCUGGCUUGCAGAAGAAGAAUUGGGCUCAAUAUCGAACAGAUUUGUGGAAGUUUGGUCUUGAUAUGCUAAGAAGUGAUGAACUGUAG